CGGAUCUGACAGGCGCUCUCAGCUGGCAGCUCCGUGCCAGGGCUGCAGGGGGACCGAAUGGAGGCAGUGACAUCCACCCGAGCGCUUGUCCUUUUUACGCAGAAUUGACAGCGAAUACGCCAGCAAGAAUAUGUAGUCUUCGACAUUGCAGUGACGACUAACCGUUCCUAGAAUUAUAUUCCAUCUAUCUCUCUGUGUGAUUUUUUGUUGCAACCCGUUCACAGUCGACUGACGCUUGAGGAAAGUGAAAUCGAUUCUCCGCCUGCUGAUCGACAGGAUCCCUGAAUGGAAGACGGCUAGAGAGGUCGCCUCGCCGAGAACAGGCUGUAACAUUUUUCACUGUCGUUGUCUUCACAACCACCAGAAGAAUCAUUGGCAGCCUCGACGGCUGCAAACGACGCCGCCUUCACCAUGGCUCUUGGCGUGAAAGCGCCAGCAAAGCCCUAAGAUUGGGAAGAUUCGUCAUUUUUCUCGCGGAUUUAAAUGCCUCUCUCCAAGGGCCACCGUCCCGCUAUUCUGCUCCGGUUCGCGUGUGCUGCGUGGCACGCUGUCACGAACAAACAAUUCAUAGGCUGCUAAAACACAGACAGAGACUCCAUCGGGUGGGUGAACACAAUCUACAGCGGAGAGGGGGAUUUCUUCCUAAGCAAUAUGGCUGGUGAGUGGGGCUGGGGACGCUGGCACAGGCUCUCCAAGGCUCCUAAAUGCUAGCUGAGGCGGAUGGCAAAGUUCCCCAUGGAAGCGACAGCUCUAUGAGGACAAGCAAUAUCAUUAAUAAUAUAAAUCCGGACUCUUCAAUCUUAAUAUCCAAGAUGGAAGACGUUGUCAUCCCGUUCUCUUCUGAGGUGCCCUGCGACAAUAAUGGACAGCGCAUGUGGUGGGCAUUCCUCGCCUCCUCUAUGGUGACGUUUUUUGGGGGUCUCUUCAUCAUCCUGCUAUGGAGGACGCUCAAAUAUCUGUGGACUGUUUGCUGCCAUUGCAACAUCAAAACCAAGGAGGCUCAGAAGGUGAACAACCCGGCCGUCAAUCAGGCAGCAGACAGACCGAAGGGUGAUGAGAAGGAGGAGGUCCCGGCUAGCGAGGUGGGAUGGAUGACUUCCGUCAAAGACUGGGCCGGCGUCAUGAUCUCCGCUCAGACGCUCACAGGCAGAGUUCUGGUGGUGUUAGUCUUUGCACUCAGCAUCGGGGCCCUUGGAAUAUACUUUAUAGACUCCUCAGAUCCUAUAGAAUCCUGCCAAAACUUCUACAAAGAUUUCACGUUACAGAUCGAUAUGGCCUUCAACGUCUUCUUCCUUCUGUACUUUGGCCUGCGGUUUAUAGCAGCCAAUGAUAAACUGUGGUUCUGGUUGGAGGUCAACUCGGUGGUCGACUUCUUCACUGUCCCUCCUGUGUUUGUGUCUGUCUACUUAAACAGAAGUUGGCUAGGUUUACGAUUCCUGAGAGCACUGAGAUUGAUACAGUUCUCGGAAAUUUUACAGUUUUUGAAUAUCUUAAAAACAAGCAAUUCUAUCAAGCUGGUAAACCUGUGUUCCAUCUUCAUAAGCACAUGGCUCACAGCUGCAGGAUUCAUACAUUUGGUAGAAAACUCAGGGGAUCCAUGGGAAAACUUCCAGAAUUCCCAGUCACUUUCCUACUGGGAAUGUGUCUACCUUCUGAUGGUGACGAUGUCUACAGUAGGAUAUGGGGAUGUCUAUGCAAAAACCACCUUGGGGCGCCUGUUUAUGGUCUUCUUCAUCCUUGGCGGUUUGGCCAUGUUUGCCAGCUACGUCCCUGAAAUCAUAGAGUUAAUAGGAAACCGCAAGAAAUAUGGUGGUUCCUAUAGUGCGGUUAAUGGGAGAAAGCAUAUUGUGGUCUGUGGUCAUAUUACCCUCGAAAGUGUCUCCAACUUCCUCAAAGACUUCCUACACAAGGACAGGGAUGAUGUCAAUGUAGAAAUUGUUUUUCUCCAUAAUAUUUCCCCUAAUCUUGAGCUGGAAGCCUUGUUCAAACGUCAUUUUACCCAAGUAGAGUUCUACCAGGGAUCUGUUCUCAACCCUCACGAUCUCGCCAGAGUGAAGAUCGAGUCAGCAGAUGCCUGCUUAAUACUGGCCAACAAAUAUUGUGCAGAUCCUGAUGCUGAAGAUGCCUCCAACAUCAUGAGGGUUAUUUCGAUCAAGAACUAUAGUCCUAAGAUCAGAAUAAUCACACAAAUGCUACAAUAUCACAACAAGGCCCAUCUGCUGAACAUUCCGAGCUGGAACUGGAAGGAGGGUGACGAUGCUAUCUGCCUGGCGGAGCUGAAGGCGGGCUUCAUUGCCCAGAGCUGUCUGGCCCAGGGCCUGUCCACCAUGCUUGCCAACCUCUUCUCCAUGAGGUCUUUCAUUGAGAUUGAGGAGGACACAUGGCAGAAGUAUUACCUUGAAGGAGUGGCUAAUGAGAUGUACACAGAGUAUUUGUCCAGUGCCUUUGUAGGCCUCACCUUCCCCACUGUCUGUGAGUUGUGUUACGUGAAGCUGAAGCUGCUCCUCAUUGCUAUCGAAUACAAGUCUGAGCAAAGAGAAAGCAGCAUCCUCAUCAACCCAGGAAACCAUGUCAAGAUGCAGGAGGGAACUCUGGGAUUCUUUAUCGCCAGUGAUGCCAAAGAAGUAAAGAGAGCAUUUUUCUACUGCAAAGCUUGUCAUGAUGACAUCACUGACCCCAAGCGGAUUAAGAAGUGUGGCUGCAAACGACCCAAAUAUAAGUAUAAUGGAUAUGUCAGAUCACCAGCAGAUGGCGCUACAACACCAGGGAACAGUGGAAGUCAAAAAGAGGCUGGCGUGCGAUUCAAAGCUGAUUGCAAUUUAGUCGAAGACGAGCAUCCAUCAACUCUCUCGCCCAAAAAAAAGCAGCGCAAUGGAGGGAUGCGAAACUCACCCAACUGCUCUCCCAAAAUGAUGAGUCGACACGAUCCCCUUCUAAUUCCUGGAAAUGAACAAAUCGAGAACAUGGACAUGAACGUGAAGAGGUAUGACUCGACAGGGAUGUUUCACUGGUGCCCAUCAAAGGACAUCGAAAAAGUCAUCCUGACCCGGAGUGAAGCCUCGAUGACAGUCCUGAGCGGUCAUGUAGUGGUCUGUAUAUUUGGGGAUGUCACGUCCGCUUUAGUGGGGCUGCGAAACCUGGUGAUGCCUUUAAGAGCCAGUAACUUCCAUUACCAUGAGCUGAAGCCCAUUGUGUUUGUGGGCUCGCUGGAUUAUCUGCGGAGAGAGUGGGAAACGUUGCACAACUUCCCCAAGGUGUCCAUACUACCUGGUACACCAUUAAGUCGCGCAGAUUUAAGGGCUGUCAACAUCAACCUCUGCGACAUGUGCGUAAUACUGUCAGCCAAUCAGAACAAUAUCGAAGACGCCUCUCUCCAGGAUAAGGAAUGCAUCUUGGCAUCACUCAACAUCAAAUCUAUGCAGUUUGAUGACAGCAUUGGGGUCUUACAGGCUAAUUCCCAAGGUUUCACGCCUCCUGGAAUGGACAGGUCAUCUCCAGACAGCAGUCCAGUACAUGGCUUUGUGCGUCAGGCUUCAGUCACCACCGGAUCCAACAUCCCAAUCAUCACUGAACUAGUGAACGACUCAAAUGUUCAGUUCCUGGACCAAGAUGAUGAUGACGACCCAGACACAGAGCUGUACCUCACUCAGCCCUUCGCCUGCGGCACCGCCUUCGCUGUCAGUGUGCUCGACUCUCUGAUGAGCGCAACGUACUUCAAUGAUAACAUCUUGACACUGAUUCGGACGCUGGUCACAGGGGGAGCCACACCAGAGCUGGAGGCCCUGUUAGCUGAGGAGAACGCUCUCCGAGGGGGCUACAGCACACCGCAGACACUGGCCAACAGAGACAGGUGUCGCGUGGCUCAGCUAGCCCUCUACGAUGGGCCAUUUGCAGACUUGGGGGACGGCGGCUGCUACGGGGAUUUGUUCUGUAAAGCGCUGAAGACAUACAACAUGUUGUGCUUUGGAAUCUACAGAUUAAGAGACGCUCAUAUCAGUACACCAAGCCAGUGUACAAAACGAUACGUGAUCACCAACCCACCGUAUGAGUUUGAGCUCGUGCCCACAGACCUGAUCUUCUGCCUCAUGCAGUUCGAUCACAAUGCAGGCCAGUCCCGGACCAGCUUGUCCCACUCUUCCCACUCCUCCCAUUCCUCCAGCAAAAAGAGCUCCUCUGUCCACUCCGUCCCUCCCUCCAACCGGCAGAACCGCAGCAGUAAGACCCGGGAGGCCCGCGACAAACAGAAAAAAGAAAUGGUUUACAGAUGAACCAGAAAAUGCCUACCCACGGAACAUUCAGAUCAAGCCCAUGAGCACUCACAUGGCCAACCAAGUCAACCAAUACAAAUCCACUAGUAGUCUGAUUCCACCAAUCAGAGAAGUUGAAGACGAAUGCUGAACACAGGGUUUUCUUGCUGACUCACCAGACAUCUGUGCGAUCUCUCACAGGAGACGGGAAGAGAUCACCUGUGAAGGAGUGAUGAUGAUGAUGAUGAUUACAGGGAUGUUGAAGACUGAAACAUUUCUCUUCACUCAUUCUUCUAAUCAAGAGUCGGACAGGAACCCAAACUGGAAGGGACCUCCUAUGUGUAUACCUUUAAUGUUACUUCCAUGCUCUUGGACAUUGUUUUAUUUAUUAAUGUAUCCAUAGUGAUGUACAUAAUGACAAUCAAAUAAGGAUUGUACAGCCCCUUCCCCCUAGCACUUUUUGGAAUUAUUUUAAGAGUUGACAAAAAAAAAGAGUACUUCCUGUAAUUCUUUGCAAUAGUUCACCUCUUCGUGUGACCAGACUCAACGGCUGAGACCGCUGGUUCCCAGAGGAUGUGGGUUGCAGCGAUGAACUGAUCAUAUCAUCUCCCAAAGAACCGCCCAGAUGCUUCACGUCAAACCAGCUGGGUUCAUCGACUUCAUAUCUCCUGUCUGCUUCUGUUCUAUUUGCACUAAAACUGAACAAGUUUCUUUUGACAGAAAAACUGGAACCAUCUGAUUCCCCUCCAAAAUACAAUGUCCAUAAGGAAGUAGGUGAUGAAGGGAGGGAGGGCUACUCGGCUUCAGAGGCAUACUAAUCUUGUUCUUAGGUUGUUGUACAUCAUGUCGUUGCUUAAGGUUUGCUACUUCACUGUUGACUUGUCAUGUUGAGUGAGAGCAUUCCAGUCCUGCAGAGCAAAGUCAUCUUGCAAAACAGUAGACUUUAAAAAAAAAAAAAACUCAGAGAAUGGGGCGGCGUCUGUGUUUGCUGGCUGAAAGAGAAAACCCUGUUCCUACAUGUCUUCUGCUGAUACGUCAGAUCAUAAUGCCUGUGACUCUGUUUUCAGCUCCUACCGCAUGAUAUGUGCCUGAGCCCUUUCUAUAACAGAUACAGCGUGGUCGAUCAAGCUGCGAAGGAUGAAAAAGAACCUACUCUGUCCUUCAUGCGUCCUGGAGCAUUUAUGUUUUGUACAAGCUGUGCGUGUGUGUGCGUGUGUGUGUGUGUGUGUGUGCAGCCGUUUGUCCUUCAGGUGUUGCGCUGGUCAGUGCUGUCAUCUCCUCCAUCGGCUUGUAUGUGAUGGUGCACCUUUGAAGGAAAAGCAUGUUCGAUUUUAGCUCUAAGUGAAAAGUCAAUGUAAAAUAAAAAACAGUACAAGAUUCUCGAGGGUUUGGAUCUACUAACAAAAAAAUGUUGCAUCAAAAGAAAAAUACCCAACUAUGACUGAGCCGAGCUAACACAAACAGCAGAUGCGUGCCCACCGUUGACACCUUGCCGUGAUAACAGCGGCAGAAUUGGGAUCACAAAGACGUGUGGUGUAUUUUCUGAAUGUUUUUUUUUGGUAAAGAAAUAAAUGUCGAAAAGACGAAAUGCCACAUAUUGCAUAAAAGUGGGCAUAAAUGGGUCCUCCUUUGAUCGGAGCAACUGCCUGGCACAUGAUUGGCACAGAGGCAAUAAAUAGCUUGGAUGUUCUCUGUUGCCAAUCCAGAUGUCGCAUGCCUCAAAACUCUCAGGAGUUAAAGCUGCUGUGUUCGGUCCCUCUUUGAAGGGGAAAUGCUCAGACAUAGUUGGGUGAAAAUGCAACAAUGCCACAGAUUGCUAAUAAAGAUGCUGGAGAGGAACCAGUGUUCUUCAUGUUAGCCUGUGUGCGAUAGAAGAGUGUGUUUCACACAUUUAGGCGCUGAUAGAUCCAAAUCCAGCUGUGGUUGUGAUGGAGGUUUGAGGUGGUAGCCUUGUACUCCUAAAACAGAAACUCACACACAAAACUGGAGUUGUAUUUAUACAUUCAAACAUACUUAUUUUGUAUUCAUAAACAUAAUCAAUUUGUACUUAUUUUUCUAGUCAAAAAUCAAGUAAUAAAAACCAAGUAUUAUAAGAUUUAAAAAGACUUAAAUUAUAUCUUUAGUUUCUACAUAUUGAAGGAUUUUGUCUUGACUAUAUCAUCUUUAUUUAGCGUCAUAUUAAACAAAAGAUUAUUUUUUUAUCGCUUCGCCCCCUCUUGAUCAAACUGCAUCACUCUGGAGCCAGUGAAGCUUAAACUAGCUUGCAUUGUGAAACCACCAUCUUCAGCCUGGCAGCUCAGCUCUGUUGAGUGCUUGUAGUGAUUAAAAUAAAUGCUCAUCUCUUUUAGUUGCACAGAUGAGCAAAUACCACUGAAUAAUAUGUCUACUACUACUAAGCAUUGCUAGCUGCCAACAUGCAGACAGAGAAUAGAUGUAGAAGUUGGGGGUUAAAUGUGUUUAGCUGGAGAGCAGAUCAGAGAGGUAAAAAUAACAAAGAUCACAUAGUGUGCAGGUCAAAAGUGAAGACCUUCAUUAGAUAUAUAUUGACCUAAAUUAGGUCUAUGAUGAGGAGGAACAGUGCUGGUGUUUCCCACUGAAGACCACAGUGGAGAUGCUGUCUGGUUUCCUCUAUAGGCUGUAAAAGAAAAGUCAUUCUGACAAAAAGAAACAAUUUGGGAACCUGGAAAGAACAUAAUAUUGUGCUAAAUAUGUUUGUGUAAAUUCAAUCCAUAAUAUAGGCCGCAUUUCUUUUUCAAACCAAAUGAUCUGAGGUUCAAUGUCUGUCUAUUGGGUGUGGUGCAACUAUAUUGAAGCCUCAUACACAUCGUCCUGAAGUGAACUUUUGAACUGUGAUUACAUCGUUGUCACACUUUGUAGCAAAUAGCUUUCUGUUCAGAAAAUAUGUGAGUAAAAUGUAUGUAUAAUUGGGUUGUUAACGGCUUACUUGCUAGCCUGCAAAAUAAGGAACUACUAAUUUUUUGAUAAUGGCAAUGACUCAUUAUACAUAGAAUCGACAAACUGAUUGUUAAGCUGAAAAAACGACAGAUGUGUAUCUUGAAGAUCAAAGGUCUUGGAUUCUUGUAGGGAUGUAAAGAUGAUUCAGGUAGGAAAAGUUAGGCAGGAUUUGAUCUGGUUUAUCAGCCAUCAUGAGGAUGGAAGGUAGCACCAAUUCAGCAAAGGUUAUCAAAAGAGAGAACAUCCUUAAUUUUCCUGUUUUUAUGACUUUGUUAUUACAGGGUUUACAUUCCAUUUUGUCAGCUUGUCAUCUGUCGCAAUCUGCCACAACCGCUUCUAAUUUGUUUACAGAGUAUUUUUGAGGUACUUAAACAUAGCAUUGCUCAGAAAUAAAACGGUACAUGCCGCAAACUGGCAUUAACAUGAACUCACAAAGUAAUGCACCAUUUGUUCUCAUUACACUUGAUUACUGUGCUUUUUCUACCUGAACCCUUAUUGUGCGACUCAUUCAGGCAUUAUUUACAACACUGGACUGAGAUGUCUCUCCUUCCUUCACCUAUGUCAAAUGUCUAUUUAGAUGUUACUUUUUGUUUUGUUUUGCAUUGUAUACCUCUAAAGAUUUUUAGAGUGUUUUUGAAGUGCCAUGAAGAGUUUAGUUUAGCAAGCAUCCUUCAGUCAUUCAGGGACACAUGCUCGCUUGUAGGGAGCUGCGUCCGAGUGUUUUUUCCACUGUGAGAGCGGUGUCUUGUACUGGCAUGGAGAACAUCCAAGCUAUCAAUGCCUCCAUGUCAGUAUAGUGCCAGGCAGUGCACGAGGUCAUGAGGAGGGCCCAUAUUAAGUCCCACUAUUGCGAAAAGUGGCAUUCGGAAGGCCUGGGGGGCUACCAGGGCGGAAAGGUUCCUGGUCAUUAACUUGUGUCAUGUAGUGUAGUUAUAUAUAUAUAUAUAUAUGGAUGACUGAAAGAUGCAAAUAGUGGCCCAAUGCCUGUAACAUCACGUGUUGUCCACUGAACAAAUCAAAGACUAUGAUGCGUCAUACAUUACUGUCUCAGUAUGUUGCAUUAUUAUGUUAAUCUAUUUUUUGCUGUAAAAGAUGGACAUAAUAACUUAUUUGCUGGGAAUUGUUCUAGAUAUUAUAGAAGAUAUAAUACUUAUGGGGAUGGGAGGUGGGUCACAAGUCUUAAUAAUACAUUGAGAUUGCAUUCAGCAAUUUUGAUGUUUCUUUUUUUUUUUUAAAGAAAAGUUGCAAUUUUUUGUUAAUUUCUUUGGCUUCCUAUCAGUUCAGGAAGCAUUCAGGACAUUGCUCUUGCGUAUCACAGAUAGGAUUCGUUGGCACAUCGUCAUUGCAGCAAACAGGACUUUGACAUAGCAGUCUAAUUAGUUUGGAUGUGUUCUAGAUAUGACAGAUAAAUGGAUUAUUUGAUGGUGCUGAGUUGAUCUACCUGACUCUGUCAAAUAUAAUCUGCUGAUAAAUAUACUGUCUUGUACAAAAAGUUUGUACAUAGAUUGUACAUGGUUUCUUUUUGUAUUUUCUCAAAUUAAAAUGGAUGUAUUUGUGUUCUAAACGAUGAAACUCUCCUCUUUUUUUAUUUCACUGACAAAUGGUCAAACCAUCACAAUUUGGCCCUCAAAGUCGCUCACAGCCUAACACUCGCACAUUUUUCCUGCUUCCAAGACAUCUUCAAGGAGAAACUGUUAACUUUCUGCAAAACAUAGCCCACCCACUGACAGGUGCCAGUGGAAAGAGAUCAUCAGUGGUCUUAAUGUUGUGGCCAAUCAGUCUAUAGGUACAAGGAAACAAGAUGUGAAGUUAGGGACAAAAGAAAAUAAUGUGGAAUAUUAAAAUCGAUGCUUCACUGAACACCAAAUCUGUUCAUUUGGAGAAAAACAGAGUAAAGAGGUCUGGAGCAUUUAUAAAUCUGAUGUGGCUUAUUUGGGAUCAUUUAUAAUCAACCUUAUCUGAAUGGUUAGAGAUGAUAAGAUCAGGGACAAUAAAGCUCUUGUGAGGAACUUCUCUUUGGCCCCCUGAUUUUGGACAAAGCAGUACCUGUUACAUCUUCACUGAUUUUGUCUUGUAC